UAUAAUAGUUAAACCAUGGACGGCUUGACGCUUGAAUAAGUAAGUUUUUCUUAUUCAGUGGUAAAAAGUUGGUGCACUGAUGGCUAUGGAAAUUGAUGGUACUUCCACUUCAGAAGAUUCCCAAACGGACAAUUUUCCACAUAAUAGCAAUAUGAAUUACUAUACGGACAAUUUGUUUUUUGCGACCAAUGGAAAGUUGGAAAGUUACUUUUCGAAUGAUAAAUUGCGAAAAGGUUGCGAGACGAAGAAGUUUCAAUAUUCUACAGUAAAUAGUGUGCAAAAGACUAGUCACACAAGUAGCCUAGCUACGUUAAAGAACGGUGAAGAUAAAAGACUGGCAAUAUAUAAUGAAAAUUUAAAAAAAGGUGCAGUGGACUGUGAAAAAAAUAGUGAUUUUUAUAGUGUUAAGAGUGCGGAAAGUGUGUUGUUGAAGAUUGAUUCGUUUGGAAAGAAGGCCAUUAGUUUUUCACCAGAUCAGGUACAAUGCAUGUGUGAAGCUCUUCAACAACGUGGCGAUCUGGACAGAUUGGCGACGUUCCUCUGGUACCUGCCCAACACCGACACCAUCCAAAGUAACGAAAGUAUUUUACGGGCGAGAGCAGCAGUAGCAUUCCAUAGGGGUUUUUACCAUGAACUUUAUUCAAUUUUGGAGACUCAUGCUUUUCAUCCCCGGUGGCAUAAUGAGUUACAGACCUUAUGGUUUAAGUCGCACUACAAAGAAGCUGAGAAGGUUCGAGGAAGGCCUUUGGGAGCUGUGGAUAAAUAUAGACUUAGAAAAAAAUACCCUCUACCUAAAACCAUAUGGGAUGGAGAGGAAACUGUAUACUGUUUCAAGGAACGGAGUAGAAAUGCAUUAAAAGAGUGUUAUGCCAGAAAUAGAUACCCCACCCCUGAUGAAAAAAGGGCUCUAGCAAAAAGAACGGGCUUAACGCUGACUCAGGUAUCAAAUUGGUUCAAAAAUAGGCGACAAAGGGAUAGGACACCACAAUCUAGAUCGGAAAUAAUCUUAGGAAACAUGGCUCUAGCUCAAGGCAACAUUGGAAGUCACCAUCAAGGCAACAUCGAUAUUGCCGCAUUUCAAGCCGCUUCAAAACUGUUUGAUCCUAGUGGGUCAGUGGCGUGCUACACUGAUUAUCAACUAUAAAGAUGUUACUUAGUCAGCGUUAAAUUAAAGCUUUAAUAGAAAACCAUUUAAUUUAGAGACGGAAUUGUAAAUAAAGUGUAGAUAAUGAUAUCGA